AUGUCGCCGACUGGAACAGCUAGUGAAACUGUGACGGGGCAGGAGGAUGCUGCUGUCAAGAAAACUGAAGCACUGUCGAACUCGAAGCCACGUGAGCCAAAGUUGCUUUUCGCUGUAGCGAAGAAUGUUGUGACAGCGUCCAACGCUGCGCGGUCGAAGAAACAGUCCCCAACUAGUAUCAAAAGCCCCGAGGCCGCAACGGGAGAAGCAACUGGGAGCAAGCGAACCAUGUUUGGGAUCAUCAAGCGAGCUCAGACGAGUGAAGCUCAACUGCAGCAACAGCAACAAUCAUCGGAAGAGAAUCGACAGCAAACAAGCAAUCGAGAAUCAAAAUCUGAACAGGAUUUGAAACAAUCUUCUUUGUCGAUCGAGACUGAGGACCACACCAGGUCGGAUAUCAGCUUCGUAGAUGUCGUGCGAGAAAUUUUGGAGAAACUGGUGACACAACUGGACAGUGUCGAUCCCCGCAAAUUGCUUGCUGUACGGCUAGGAGGAGAGCUUCGAGGCUUGUUGGGCAAAGCACAAGAUGAAUUCGCAGCAUACGAGACUGAAUUUGUGGAACAUGCAGACAACGAAGGCGUCUCAGUCGCCCUACAGAACUUUUUAGCCUCACUGACUCAAGUUUCUGCUAUCGCGGAGCGACUUCGCACUGCAAAAUUUAUGCUGAACCGAACUUUCAAGCUAGCCAUGACGUGCUUGGGUCAAAUGCAUUUUGCUGGGAACGGAACCGAGAAAGACUUGCUUGUCGCCGAAAAAUGGCUUGAACUUGCAUCAUCGGCAGGCGACAUCGAAGCCUGCUACCAACUGGGUCUUUUGAUGGUAAACAGCAAUGGUUUCUUGUACUAUGAUCAACUUGAACGUAUUCUGAUGUGGUAUGCGCGUUAUUCCCAACGUCAGUGCGAGAAAGAGGCCCAUGUGAACGACCCACAGCAAUCGGACGAGUUUCUUUCCCUUGCUCGGGUUCGCUUUACCCAGGCGGCGGGGCAAGGCCACCGUGAUGCGCAGUACGAGUUAGGUGUUUUUCACGAGACUGGACGAGGCGGCGGGUGUGAGCCAAACGAAAGCGAAGCAGCAACGUGGUACACGAAAGCAGCGGACCAGGGCCACACUGCCGCCGAGGCAAGUCUUGGCCGUCUUUUUCUUAUUGGGACGCAGAUUCGGCAGGAUAUUGCCAAAGCUGUUCACUUCUUGCAGCGCGCGGCUGCAAAGGCUGCAGAUGCUGGUAGCAGCGUUGCCAUGACGCGACUUGCAAGCUUGCUGCUUCUCCACACACCUCAACAGAAUGGAGCACUGACAGCAACGAAUGGAUCGUCUUCAUCUGCUCAAUUUCAAGACCGUGAGGAGGCACACGACGAAGCCCUGCGCUUACUCUUGAGUGCUGGACAUGGUGGACAUACUGAGGCUUACUACGCACUUGGCAAACUGCUCGAGACCUCGUCGCUACUUCGGGACCAAUCUGCAGCCCUUCGCUUUUACUCGAAAGCUGCCACUGCAACAACGCCUCACACGAAAGCCGCAAAGCGUGUAGCCACAAUGUACUACUCGGCUAUAGGCAGCAAAACGGAUAAAUGGAAGGCACAUCGAUUCUAUACCAUCGCAGCAAACGCCGGCGACGCAGAAGCCUUGAACGCGCUUGGUCUCAUGUACGAAGAAGGCGACGGCUGCGAUUUGAAUUUCCGAAAAGCUGCCGAAUGCUACCGCACCGCUGCAGACCUGAAUAGCCCGCAUGCCCACUUCAACUUGGGCUGUCUUUUUGCAAAUGGCAAAGGCGUCGCUCGUAAUGUAGAUGCUGCACAAGCGCAUUUCCGGAAGGCCGUAGAGCUUGGCUACUCAUUGGCACAGCAGUUUGUAGCUUGA